UGAUGAAACAUCAUGCACAGUUCCUCCCCUAGAUCUCAACCUAUUACACUGGGAAGUAGAGGGAGGCAGUGAACAGUCUGGAUCGCCAUGGACAACAUGAGCGAGGACAGCACACGGGGAUUCUUUUUUUCCGCAGUGUAGGAUAAAUACCAUUGUUUGGACCGUAUACGUCUAUACACAGAUCAAAAUCGGAACUUGUGGCGAAGAAAAGGAGGAUAUUUUUCUAUUUUCUUCACAGACGUGUCGACCGGGACGAUGUGGUGGCAAGUGCUGUUGGUUAUCUCGGUGCGCUCUCUCAGUGUGGUGUGCGGGCAGGUCAGCUACUCCAUCCCCGAGGAAAUGGCAAAGGGGGCUCUAAUAGGCAACAUAGCCCAGGAUUUAGGUUUAGGUGUAGAGCGAUUGAAGUCUGGUAAAGCCCGUGUUUAUACUGGUAACAGCGAAGAGUAUAUCGAGCUGAAGAGAGAAAGAGGAGUCCUCCUUGUCAAAGAGAGAAUAGACCGAGAGUCGCUCUGCGGUCAGACAAUGCCCUGUGCGCUGCAUUUUCAAAUGAUCCUGGAAAACCCGAUGGAGUUUUACACGGUGACUGUGGAAAUCACCGACAUAAACGACAACCCUCCCGCAUUUGAGAGGGCUGAAAUGAAAUAUGAAAUUCCCGAAUCAGCUCUCGCCGGAGCGCGAUUCGUCUUAGAGAAAGCCGUGGAUGAUGAUGUUGGUGUGAACGGGUUGAACAGCUACGCCCUGAAACCCAGUGAUAAUUUCGCUCUGAAAACCAUCGUCCGGGGAGAGGGGACUAAACACGUCGAGAUGGUUUUGCAGAAGCCUUUAGAUCGGGAAAAACGCGAGCACAUAUCGUUAAUACUGACCGCUGUGGACGGUGGUGAACCGCAGCUCUCGGGGACUAUGCAAAUUCUCAUAACUGUGUUAGACGUGAACGAUAAUCCUCCCGUUUGUUCAAAAGCUGAGUACAAGGCAAGCGUGAUAGAGAACGCUCCUGUCGGCACUGUAAUAACGACAGUAAUGGCUACUGAUAUAGACAAAGGCGCUAACGGAAAAGUAGCAUACACGAUUUCAAAAUCAGGAGCAGCGAGUCUCUUUAAGAUUGAUGCAGCUAAGGGAGAAUUGACUUUAACCGGAAAUGUAGAUUACGAAAAAAGGAGACUUUACGAGCUGGACGUUCAGGUGUCAGACCAGGGAGGAUUAUCCGAUGCAUGUAAAGUGAUUGUCGAGGUGACAGAUACAAAUGAUAACCCUCCAUCCAUCAACAUCAUGUCUAAUUCAAACACAGUAUCUGAGAACGUGAAACCGGGAACGGUUGUGACAAUGCUUAACAUACAAGAUCCAGACGCAAAUGAAAACGGCAAGGUAAUGUGUGCUUUAAAUGAAAAUAUUCCCUUUGCCAUUAAAUUAUCAACAAACAAUUUCUUUUCUGUAGUGACAGACAGUGAGUUGGACCGAGAGAGAGCCUCUGAGUAUAACAUAACAGUGACGUGCUCUGAUGAGGGAGUGCCCUCCCUCUCCAGCAGCGUCACUCUCACCUUACAGAUCUCUGAUGUGAAUGACAACGCGCCUGUCUUUGAGAGCAGCUCAUAUGAGGCCUACAUUGUAGAGAACAACACACCAGGUCUCUCCAUAUUCACAGUGAAAGCCACAGACGCUGACUGGAACCAGAAUGCCCGAGUUUCUUACAUACUGGAGGACUCCUCUGUUAACGGAGUGCCAGUCUCCUCAUACGUGUCGGUUAGUGCUGAUAGUGGAGUCAUCCAUGCAGUGCGCUCUUUUGACUACGAGCAGAUCAAAGAUUUCCAGUUCCGGGUCAAAGCUCAGGACGGAGGCUCUCCUCCUCUCAGCAGUAACGUGACAGUGAAAGUACUGAUCCAGGACCAGAACGACAACCCCCCUCAGGUCCUGUACCCAGUCCAGACUGGUGGCUCUCUGGUGGCUGAGAUGGUGCCUCGUUCAGCAGAUGUGGGCUAUCUGGUCACUAAAGUGGUGGCUGUUGAUGUGGACUCUGGACAGAAUGCCUGGCUCUCCUACAAACUGCAGAGAGCCACCGACAGGGCGCUGUUUGAAGUGGGCUCACAGAAUGGAGAAAUCAGAACGAUCCGUCAAGUGACUGAUAAAGAUGCAGUGAAACAGAGACUGACUGUGAUAGUGGAGGACAACGGGCAGCCCUCUCGUUCAGCUACAGUCGUUGUUAACGUGGCGGUGGCGGACAGCUUCCCUGAAGUGCUGUCGGAGUUCACUGACUUUACUCACGACAAGGAGUACAACGACAACCUGACUUUUUACUUAGUGUUGGCUCUGGCUGUAGUCUCCUUCCUCUUCAUCACGUGUCUAGUGGUUAUUAUCUCAGUGAAGAUCUACAGGUGGAGACAGUCUCGCGUCCUGUAUCACUCCAAUCUCCCUGUGAUUCCAUAUUAUCCACCACGUUACUCAGACACUUUGGGGACAGGGACUCUCCAACACGUGUACAACUACGAGGUGUGCAGGACGACUGACUCCAGAAAGAGUGACUGUAAGUUCGGCAGAGCUGGUAGUCAGAACGUGCUGAUCAUGGAGCCCAGUUCUACAGGGACGAUGCAGAGGAUGCAGAGUGAAAAGAGCAUCCUGGAUGAACCAGACUCUCCUCUAGAGGUUCGGUAAAUAGUGUCUGGCCUUUUUGCUUUCAAAUCUCUUUCAGUGUUGUCUUGUCUUGAUACCAAAUGUUUGCACAUUGUUCCACCAUUUUCCGAAAACCAUGGACAACACUUUAUAAGUUUUUGUUGAAUCACUAGACUGUGUAAUUAUUUAAAAUGCACCUGUUACGUUUCAAAGUGUACACAUUCCUGCUUUAGGGGUAACACUACCUUAAUAUAAAUUUCAGAACAUUCCUUUCAUUCAUUCAUUUGCAUUUGUUUGCUAUAAGUAUUUUAACCACUUGAAUUUUGUCAUUACAAUUUUUGCCUAUUUAACUCAGAAUUCUUCAUAAUAUUGCAAUUAUGAAAUCACUGUAUUGGUCCUCUAAUGUGAAACCUUGCUCAGAGGGAGUCAGGUGGUUUUGUUUUGUGAUUUGGUGAGGACAGUUAGUCAAUUUUUUGUCCAGCUUGACAGUUCGCUGCAUGGAUUUAUUGAAUAUUCAUUAUAUACACAGGUUUUCUUUUUAACAUUAGCUUAUAAGUUUUUUUUUAACAAACAUCAGUGACGUUUUUCAUGUCCGUAUGGUCAAACUGGUGAAUAUAGUCAUUCUGUCUCCCAUGAAAGUUCUCCUGAUGGUCAAGUCUUUAUACAUCAAGACUCUCAUCUUUUAAGAACCUCGGACAGCAAAAAAAAGGCAAAACUUUUCCUCUUUUGACAAUGUUUUUCUUUAGCUUACAG